AUGCUGGACUUCUACACGUUGGCGGUGCUCGGCCUCCUGGCCGUCUUCGGAUACGCCUUCAGCCGUCGCGAGAAGCCCGACCCGCGCGAACCACCAUUGGUGCGCAGCAGUAUUCCCGUGGUCGGCCAUCUGCUGUGUUUCUUGUGGUAUGGCUUAUCAUACUUUACCAUGCUAACCGAGAAACAUGCCUUACCCAUUUUCGGCCUCAAUAUGGUCUUCACCAAGAGCUACCUGGUGACCUCGCCUAGCAUCCUGCUGUCCAUCCAACGGAACAAAAAGUCCCUGAGCUUUGACCCGUUCAUCAGCAUGACGGCUGAGCGUAUGGUCGGCAUUCGUGGCCCGACGCUGGAGCUGAUUCGCGAAAAGCAAUCGGGCGGCCAGGGAUUGACGCAGACCAUCAUCCAUGCCAUGCAGCCCACCCUGAUAGGCGCGCCCUUGGAUCGCAUGAACGAGCGCAUGACGCGCCUGCUACGACCCUUGGUGGAUGAGCUGGCCAGCACCACCACCAUCGACCUCUACGGCUGGUGUCGCCAUGCCAUCACGGUCGCCAGUACGAAUGCCUCGUAUGGACCACUGAACCCCUACAAGGAUGCGAACAUCGAGGAAUCUUUCUGGUCCUUUGAGUCGCACCUCAGUCCAUUGAUGGCCAACUUCCUCCCCUGGCUCACUGCGCGCACUGCGUGGCGGGGGCGCGAGGCGGUCGUGGCCGCCAUGGUGCGUUACUACGAGCAAGGGGGGCAUGAGGACGGAUCGGACUUGACCCAGGCACGUUGGAAGACGAUGCGAGAGGCCGGAAUGCCCGUCGAGGAUAUUGCGCGGGAGGAGGUGGGCAUGGGCAUCGGGCUUCUCUCUAACACGGUCCCCGCCGCCUUCUGGGUGCUGUAUGAGCUGUAUUCCCGACCCGACCUGCUGGAGGAAAUCCGGGAGGAGAUUCGCACGAAUGCGCUCCGCGUCGACGCCGACCAGCGACACAUCGUCGAUAUCUCGGCUCUACGCGACAACUGCCCGCUCGUGGUCUCCAGCUUCCAGGAAAUCCUACGUGUGCAGUCUGCAUCCGCCCCGACCCGAUUUGUCAUGGAGGACGUGAUGCUGGCGGAUCAAUAUUUCCUCAAAGCGGGCAGCAUGAUCAACAUGCCGGCCAAGACGUUGGGUCGCAUGCCCGAGGCAUGGGGAGAGACGGCGCUGGAGUUCGAUGCGCGGCGGUACAUCCGGUCGGAGGAGAAGAACCCGCGGCGCACGGCAGGCUUUAUGACAUUUGGAGUGUCCCCCGUCAUUUGUCCCGGACGACACUUUGCCAGCUCGGAGAUUCUCGGAUUAGCCGCUCUGUUGGUGCUCCGAUAUGAUAUAGCGCCGGUGGAUGGGCAGUGGCGCACGCCGCGGUUGAACUCGAUGGCAGUCGCGUCGAACAUGCGACCGCUCAAGGAUAAGUUCCCAGUGACGGUGCGUCCACGCAGCGAAUACGCGGGAGUGGAAUGGGACUGUACGGUGCAGCCCGGUAGUGGAGUGUUUAACUUGAUGGUGGGAUAG